UCUCUUUCUUUCGUCCUUUCUCUGUGCUCUGUUUCCAACAUCCCACCCACUCUCUCUUUCUCUCAUCUGCUUUAGCUUGGUAUUAGUGGGAACUCCUCUGAACUGGUCGCAACCAUCCCUGAGCUGCAUCCAUCUAGAGUGCUAACACAAUAACUGCAGUGUUGUGUUCAGGAUGCCACUUGGAGGGGGAAACAGGUGUGGCUGCUGCCAGAAGACUGUGUACUUUGCAGAGGAAGUGCAGUGUGAGGGGAAAUAUUUCCACAAGUCCUGUUUUCUCUGCAUGGUGUGCAAAAAGAACUUGGACAGCACUACAGUGGCAGUACACGUGGACGAGAUCUACUGCAAGUCCUGCUAUGGCAAGAAAUAUGGUCCAAAAGGCUACGGUUUUGGAGGUGGGGCAGGGACCUUGAGCAUGGACACUGGUGAAGCACUUGGAAUUAAACCAGUGGAGCAAGCAGCACAUCGUCCCACCAACAACCCCAAUACCUCCAAGUUUGCGCAGAAGUUUGGCAGUUCAGAUGUGUGCCCUCGCUGUGGCAAAGCUGUGUAUGCAGCAGAAAAAGUGGUGGGAGCCAAUAGCUCAUGGCAUAAGAGCUGCUUCAGGUGUGCCAAGUGUGGGAAGAGCCUGGAGUCCACCACUUUAGCUGAUAAAGACGGAGAAAUCUACUGCAAAGGGUGCUAUGCUAAGAACUUUGGGCCAAAGGGUUUCGGAUUUGGUCAGGGAGCAGGAGCUCUAGCCCAUGCUCAGUAAAGCAGUGGACGCAAGAAGACCCCAAAACUCUGUUCUUCCACACUUAUUAAAGAGCCCAAAAGCCUUAAAUGCACACAUUUCUGCACGCAGAAGUGCUUCUGAAUCUUUAAAUGUCUAUUAAGCCAGCAUUUUACAUGGACCAAAUCCCAGAAGCAGCAUGGCGACACUUAAUUAGCUUCAAGAUUGUUCUCAUAUUGUUUUACAUCACGCUGGGAUUUUAAUUUUCUUUUGGAAUUAAUGAUGGGUUUGUUUUUGCUGCAAAAAGAGCUAAUUUAUUACAGUGAAAAGAAUAAAGCAUGGCUUUCCACCUAA